CAACCGAUUGUCUCCACACACACACACCUGAACUCCAAAGAUAAUAGUGUGACACCAACUCAUCUAAUGACACUGUUUCCUCAACUGCUCCAUGGUGCCUGGAAGAGAGGAUAAUUUUUAUUUGUUGUCACAUUAUGAGCGCCACUUUGCCGCCUCCACCGGAACUUCAUAGCUAUAAUUCAAACAAUGGACAUUUGAGCAGGAAACCCGAAUCUCUGUGUCGCGUAUGUGGCGACAAGGCUUCCGGUAAGCAUUAUGGCGUCUUGAGUUGUGAUGGCUGUCGUGGUUUUUUCAAGAGAAGCAUUCGACGAAAUCUAGAUUAUGUUUGUAAAGAGAAUGGCCAAUGCAUUGUAGAUGUUGCCAGGAGAAACCAGUGUCAGGCUUGUCGUUUCAAAAAAUGUCUAGAAGUUAAGAUGAAUAAGGAUGCUGUUCAGCACGAACGUUCUCCAAGAUGUUUCCAGUAUAAAAAGGAAAAUAUAGAUGAACACAGUCAUAAAACUGGGUAUCCAUAUGAUUUCGAUGAGUUCUUUGAAAGCCGUCAAUAUCACCAUUAUCCACCAUUUAAUGCUAAUUUGAGGGUACCAGAGUUUCCAACGUACAGACCAAGCCCUGUUUAUCCUCCCGCAUUUGCCCUUCAGUAUCAGCACGAACAACGUCGACACCAUGCUUUGCAGUCACACUUUUCCUCUUGCAACGUUAACAUCGAUGUACGUACAAAAUACAGCCACUUUAACAGCGAUGGUAGCAGCAAUGCCUCCACAAACAGUUCUCCGACGCAGCCAACGUUAGUUAACACUAGCAGAUGUUCAACACCAUCAGAUAACGCAAAUGAUAAAAUUGACAGGUCUGACAAUAAAAGUGAAAGAAUGACUCCAUCCCCUCAACCGGCUUCUACUUCCUCAUCAGAAAAUGGAUCCCCAGCAUCUGACAAAAGUGACAGUCCAAACGUCACAUCAUCCACAAGUCCAAAAAGUUCAUCUGAAGAGUCACCAAAACUAACACCAAGGGUUCUUCCGUUCUCUCCACCGUCAUCUGCCUAUCAGCAAUCAAUUCACCAGCCAGUCCCAAAAUAUACACAAGUUGCAGUGACUUCAGACAAUGCUCUCUUGGCUAAUGAUAAUAUCUACGAAACAGCGGCUAGACUUCUUUUCAUGUGUGUGAAAUGGGCCAGAAGUAUCCCAUCAUUCCUACAGCUUCCAUUUAGGGAUCAAGCUAUUCUUCUCGAGGAAUCUUGGUGCGAAUUAUUCAUUCUAAGUGCAGCACAAUGGUCUCUGCCUAUUGACAUUGGGACACUUAUGACAAACAAUGGAUAUUCAUUGGACGCAAAUACUGGAGACAGGAGUUUCCUUAUAGCAGCACAGCUGAGAUUAGUCCAGGAUAUCAUAUCGAGACUAAACGCAAAUCGUGUGGACACGACAGAAUACGCAUGCUUAAAAGCAUUGGUUUUGUUCAAACCUGAAGCUCGUGGUAUACGGGAUUAUUUUCAAAUAGAACUACUGCAAGACCAAGCGCAGUUGAUGUUGAAUGACUACAUUUUGACGAACCAAUCCUCUAACAAGUUUAGAUUUGGAAAGCUGUUGUUACUGCUUCCGGUGCUACGAACUCUGAGUCCACGUGCCGUCGAAGAUGUAUUUUUUCGUCGAACAAUUGGAAGUAUUCCGAUUGAAAGACUGUUAUGUGACAUGUUUAAGUCUAGUUAAAAUGAACUUUACUUUACUUUGUUGAUUUUGAACGUUCAUGUUGUGUUUAGUGCGUGUGUUGUCAUUAUUUAUUUUUGUCAGAUCAUGAAAUAUGUCUGCGUUAAAA